AUUUUUUUCAUUUCUUUGGGUCCCUACCUCACGGGGUGUCGCCAGUUUCAUGGGAGUUCCAUCCGCUGAAUGAACAAUCUCACUGGCUGUUGAGGCCAUCGCUGAUGUUGAAAUACUUCGACUUUUACAACUACGUGCUGGAUGCGAGGAACUGGAAGAGCUAUGACUUCCCCAAGGGCGACAAGGUCUGGCGAAGACAUUGGGCGCAUGAGUGCAACUAUCCUGAGCUGAUCCUCGAGAGAUACUUGGUGGACCAACACCUACCAGUGCGCUACACGCGCGACAUUUGCUUUGUCCGGCUGCGUCGGUGCAAGGAGCAAUCCUUCGAAGAUCAUUGCAAGGUUCGUCCGGGCGGUGCCGGCGGUGCCGGUGCCUGGGACGACCUGGAGCCCUGGCGGCGGUGGCAUCUUCAAGGCAUGGAGGUCUUGCCGGAGCAGACCUUUCCCGCCCAGUACGAGCACGACCCAGUCUUGGCCGCCAAGUUGGUGGACUUCUUUCACGCGGAGCAGCGGAAAGUGGGGCGACCCUUGAAGAUCGUGGACUUGGGGUGUGGCCGUGGCACCUUAGAGUUCGAGGUUUUCCACUUCCAUCUGAGUGAGGCCGAGGUGGCGGAGCUACGUGCCUGGCGGCUGCUGGCCGUGGGUUUGGAUACCAACCCCUUGCUGACGGCCACGCUGAAUGCCUAUGGCCUGGUGGCCGACGUGACGGAAGCCAACCUCAGUUUCACCCUCCGCAGCGCGCAUCCACGGUGCAACUUCCGCCCGCACCUGGGGAAGUUCGCCAAAGGCGGCGAGUACGAGGACGCCGGACAGUCGGCGGGCGUGCAGUUCGAUGGCCGACCCAACAAGCAGGACAUGAGCAAUCCCACAGGCUGGAUCAACUGGAUCAACUACGUGGCUGCGAGGUGCUGUGGACAACUCACCUGCCGUGCCUUCGACACCUUGGGUCGGCUUCGCUGGCAGCUCCCAGAGCGACAGACUUGGAGGAGCAGUCAAGAGGUGUGGCUCUAUGAGAAGUACCAGGACUUGCCUGAUGUGGCGGAGGCGCAGGUGGCCAGCCCCUUCGAGCACGGUCCUGGAAUCCUUCUGCCAGUGCAGUCCGGUGCCACCAUGGACUGGGCCAUCUGCCUGGACGUGGGAGAGCAGCUCAACGGACGUCGCCAGCAGGCGAGAUUGCUGGCGAACCUGGGGCGCCUGGCAGGCGAAGGCAUCCUCAUCAGCUGGGGACGGCGAGCCCCCAGGGACGACUCCUGGUGGCUGCGGGACUUGGCGUUGUUGGGCUUCCAGAGGGAUAAGGACUUGGAGGGAGAGCUGAGGCUCUUCGCAGGCAUCGCUUUGCAAGAGCACCUCCGCCACAGCCUCUGUGUCCUGCGCCGCGGAACGCCGCGGCCGCGGCACCCGCGCUGCGCGCUGGAGCCGGUGAAGGCCACGCCCUACUGUGAGCUGGGCAUCACCUUUGGGUGCUUGGAUGCCCAGCACAUCUGGCUCCGUGGCCACUGUGCGGGCCUCUUCCGCCGCUUCGCGCCGCGCAGCUCCAACCGCAGCACGGCAGCGGUGGGCGAGUGCCGCUUGGUGACGACCAGCCUGCACGAAUACGAGGAGUGCAAGCUCCCAGAGCCGGUCGAACCCAGUUCACCAGGGCAUUUGGCUGUGGAGACCUCGAGAGGCACUGAAUCGCCCGCCCACCGACCGAGCUACGACUGUGUGAGCCUGGGUGUGCCAUUGGAGGAUUUCUGGCGUCUACAUGGUAUCUCUUUGAACGCGCUCUUCGAUAGCGCCGACCCCUUGGUACGAAUGGCCGAGCCCAUUUGGACCCAGGAGUCCUGUGGGGUCUUGGCCAUGAGCUUCAAGCUCUUGAGGUUGCUUGCAGCGCCCCAGCAGCACUUCUUCUCACAGCUGCAGAAGGUCUGGUCCAGCGAGGGCCAAUUCAUUCUGCAGAAGUGGCGCUGGGAGCUCUCGGACAACUGUUGGUUGUCCUCCUUGCUGCUCCGUGCCGCCCGGCGCUGGCGUGCGACCGCACCCCGGCCUGGUGGUGGACUGACGAGGAGUCGUGUACGCCUUGCGGCUCGACGGCUCCGUCGCUGCGCACUUCGUCGUGGAGGGUCCUGCAAGGCGGCGGUGAGCGCCCUGCGGCCGCCGCUGCGGCACGCCGCGUCUGAGCGGGCGAGCUUUGGAGAGCUGCUGCAGGCGAGUGAAGACCUGUGGAGGGUCUUGUCCCACGGAAGGCCGUCGUGUGGUGCCAUGCGCCCGGAGCUACAACGGUAUGUGCAGCGCUUGGUCGCGCUACCAUACUGACCGCUUGUGCUUUCGAAGCUGCCUCUGAAG